AUGUGGAGACUUCGUGGGUGGAUUCUUAUGGGUUUCCUCUCUGUGGUUCUCCUCAUUGUUGUGGCUGUUCCGGCAGCGUACCAACAAAAUGCGGACCGUCGACGCAUUUUUGUGGCUGUAAUGAUACCUGUAGUGUGGGUGAUUUAUCUCACUGUGUUCUACUUGUGCCUGUACCGACCCCUGCGUCGCAGUAUGGAACUGUAUAAACAAGGAUGUAGUCAUAAUGAUGGGGAAGCCAACAGCCAUGCGUAUUUCUGGGUCAAGGAACAGAAAAAACUUAACGAAGCCCUUAAACACCUUCGGGUCGAUACAGAGAACUUGACGCGCCUGACGAGUAGAUGGGAGUCCAGUUCCCAAAAUAAUUGGAUGUUAACGUCUUCCGCGGUUUAUGAAGUUGCAGAUGACCAUUCUUUUGGAAGCCCGGAUAUUAGUCAGCCAAAAUGA